GGAUACUCAAGUCCAAGUCCCACACGAACAUGAGUAACAGGAAGGACGUGAAAUUCCACCAACUUCCAGAUACCGUCAUGAGCCACUACCCUGUCAGCCUCUGUUUAAAUGUUCGCCUCCCAGGGCUUCGGAAGCUUCCAGAAGAAGCAGUCACCGGCUCUGCUCUCCGAGCAGCAGAAGAUGAGUGACUGCGAGUUUGGCUAUGUGCACACACUGGCUCAGGACUAUCUGCUGUACAUCCUGAAGACGCCACAGCCUGGACUGGGACCGAGCAAAACGUCCAGGGUGCUGCAGAACGUCACCUUCUCCAUCCAGCAAGAAGUGGAAGAGGCUCUGCAACCGUACCUGCACAAUGUGCCUGUCGCGUCCGUCGAGACUGCCAGGACAAUUUUCAACCAAGUGAUGGAGAAAGAGUUUGAGGAUGGUGUGAUCAACUGGGGCAGGAUUGUGACCAUAUUUGCAUUCGAAGGGGUCCUGGCCAAGAAGCUCCUCCAGGAGCAGGCUGUUCCGGAUGUGGACACGUUCAAGUCCAUCCCUUAUUUUGUGGCUGAGUUCAUAACGAGGAGGAUGGGAGAAUGGAUAAGGCAAAACGGAGGCUGGGAAAAUGGAUUUGUAAAGAAGUUUGAACAUAAUUCUGGUUGGAAGAUUUUUCUGGAAGUUACAAAACAGAUCUGUGUGAUACUGUCAUUGCUGAAGAAGUACUGCUGACCCAAAGGGACACUCCGUGUUUUAACACCUGCCCGAUUUCUCGGACCCUUAUGAGAACUCUUGCGGAGCUGGCACUGUGGUGCAGAGGGUUAAGCCUCCACCUGCAGUGCCAGCAUCCUGUAUGGGCACUGGUUUGAGUCCCUGCUGCUCCACUUCGAAUCCAGCUCCCUGCUAAUGGCCUGGGAUAAGCAGUGGAGGAUGGCCCAAGUGUUUGGAUCCCUGCACCCAUGAGGGAGACCAGGAUGACCCAACUGGCUCCUGGCUUUGGUCUGGCCCAGCCCCAGCCAUUGUGGCCAUUUUGGGAGUGAACAAGCAGAUGGAAAAUCUCUCUCUCUUUCUCCGUUUCUCUAUGUAUCUCUGCCUUUCAAAUAAAUAAAUAUUUGAAAAAAGGAAAAAAAAAAAAAGAAAAAAAAGACCUUUUGCUGACACAAACUCUACACAAACAACUUUGAUGGUGCAACUUAAAGCUGCACCAAUUUGUCUUUACGCAUAAUUUACAUCUUAGUUUUCUGGGUCUGCCUAGAAAGUGCAGAGCUCAAUACAGGAAACAGGUACUGAGCUAGAGAGUGAUAACCAGGAAGGCAGAGUCUGGAGGGGAUGCCCGUGUCCCCAGAGUCAUUCCCCGUGCCACUAGGCUUAGGCUGCACAGUGGGUAAGAGCCACUCCCCCUCCUCCUGGCCUCGUGCGUUCUCGGUCCCCGGUGCUCCUGGGUGCUUAGAGGUUUCCACUGAUGCCCUGCCCUCUGCCAGCCUUCACGCUCAGGUCCACCAUUUGGAUUUGUUGGAUAUGGCAACUAGAUGUGCAGCCCUGGAGCUCAGAAAAUGAUCCCCCAAAGUGAAGACCGCAGAAGCGAAGCUUCUCCCUGAUCCUCUCCUGCCCUCUUGUCUUCCACCCUCAUUUCCCCCCAAGACAAGCCACAGAAAUUAGAAUUCUUCGCCAAGGUGAGUCACCGAAAUCAACAUCUGGGCUGGGCAUUUGGCAGAAUGGUCAAGAUCUUGCUUGGGACACCUGCCUCCCGAAUCAGGGUGCCUGGCUCAAGUCUCUGCUCUGCUUCCUCUCCAGAUUCCUGCCAAUGCACACCUUGGGAGGCAGCAGGUGAUGGCUCAAGUGGUUGGGUGCCUGCCACCCACAUAGGGGACCUGGACUGAGUUCUGGGCUCCCAGCUUUGUCCUGGCCUAGCCUUGGCUGAUCUGGUCAUUUGGGAAGUGAACCAGUAGAUGGGAAUCCUCUCUGCCUUCCAAAUAAAAUGAAACCAAAUAAAUAAAAAAUGUAAAAAAGAGGCCAGAACAUCUUUUCCCCAAGGUAGUCAUAAAACCUGAAAAUAUUACUCUACUUCCCCUGAUCUGUGUAAGAGCUGAAUGUAAAGAAACUACUUUUUUUUUUAAGAUUUAUUUUUUAUUUCACAAGCAGAACUACAGACAGAGAGAGGGAAAGACAAAGAGGUAGGUCUUCUGUCUGCUAGUUCGUUCCCCCAGAUGGCCGUAACGGCUGGAGCUGGGCCGAUUGGGAGCCAAGAGCUUCUGCUGAGUCUCCCACGGGGGUGCGCUUGGGAUAUCUUCCGCUGUCUUUCCAGCCACACUAGCAGGGAGCUAGAUUGGAAGAGCAGCAGCCAGGACAGGAACCGGGGCCCAUAUGGGAUGUUGGUACCGCAGGCGGGGGCUUAACCUAAUGUCACAGUGCCAGCCCCUGACUACUUUGCUUGUAAGCCACAGGGCUCCCCUUCCAGAAGGGGCCUUGCCCAUGCGCAGGAGGAAGCAAAGCUAUACGAGAGUCACGAAGGAUCUGAACAGACCAGAAUUACUGGGCUGCCGCCUCCCUCAGUCUGUCAGUGUGAGAUUACACUCUCUGUUCAAUCAGACUGCUUCAUGGAGCAUGCGCAGCAAGGUGAUGUUCACCCCGGUCUCUGGGUCCUCACUCUGAAGGCUGUCCUGUCAUCGUAAGGCUACGACCCGACACGCCUGUUAUGCGUUUCCCUCGUUAGCCUGUCUUUCGAGAUAGGGAUGGCAGUCAUGCUCCUCCAACAUGAAAGGGCUCGCUGUCUUUUUCUUUUUC